GGCCAGGCGGCGGCCAAGUAACCAAGUAUAAAGUUAAAGUAAACUAAGGUUAAAUAUUGCCAAGAAAAUACUAUGUACGAGCCUGCAUAAUAAAUUCAUUAAAUAUCUAUUUUAUCACAUUUUUACCGUUACAGCCAUAAAGCGUGUGUGAAGCGUGUGAAGUGAAGCACCAAGGAACAUAUUUACUCAGGAUUGGCACAAACGGCUAAAAAAAAUCGAUUGGCGACUGGCGUGAGUGGCGUGGCGGCCAUUGUUUUUUUUUAUUGGUGUUGAACACGUUGAAGUUCCGCUCUACUUUAGUCUUUACCUCUAUCGCUGAAAAAUGAGCCUGAUGUACUUACUGUGGCAAGCAGAGAAGCAGCGAAAACGGAAUGUUUCCAACAGCUUAUCAAUGAGACGGCGUUUACGAGACUUGAGCGACCCGUUGAAGUUGCCGGAAAAACAAUUCAUCGCCAUGUUUCGUGUUGACAAAUCGACGUUCCAGCGUUUACUGGUAGAGCUCAGAGCACGUCUUCCAGAUAGUAAACGGAGUACGGCGGUUCGCAAAGAACUGAAGAUCUUAGCAGCAUUAAACUUCUAUGCCAAGGGUGCUUACCAGCGCAGCAUUGGUGCCUGCGACCUGAACAGCAUGUCUCAACCCACAUUCAGUCGGUGCUUCAAUGAAGUCACAGAUGCAUUGAAUUCACCUGACAUUCUUCAAAAAUAUAUAAAAUUCCCCGUGUGUCAAGCGGAUAGGAAAGUAAUUAUUAAUGGUUUUAUGGAAAAAUUUGGAUUCCCCGGCGUCAUUGGCUGUGUAGAUGGCAUGCAGGUCGCUAUACUUCAGCCAAAGAAAGAAAAGGAGGCAUUUUUCAAUGAUAACAACUAUUACUCCUUGAAUGUCUUAAUAAUAUGUGACGCAAAGCUGAACAUCCUGUAUGUGGAUGCAUCCUUCAGCGGUGCCUCCACAGACGAGCAAGUGUGGGAGCAGUGUGCCGUCAAAGAGGUGCUGCAGAAUAUACCAGAAACGCGGCGCUGCUGGCUACUGGGAGACUCUGAAUAUCCACAAGGCCCUCGUAUGCUGACGCUAAAUUCGGAGCCUAUUCCAGACAUUUCCAGACAUCUCGGUGCAGAGUCCUACGUUGAACUGCAUCACAAAACAUGGAACACCGUCCAAGAGUGCAUGAAAGCACUGAGGGAACGCUGGCAAUGUCUCAAAGGUCGCAAACCUCUGCACUAUGGGCCUACAACUGCUGCGAAAAUUGUCAACGCAUGUGUCGUACUACACAAUAUUGCCAACUUGGGAAACGUACCACUAGUGAAGUCCAGUGUGACUUAGCAUCGGUGACCAAAGACAAGAGGAUUGUCCCAUCAGAGGACCGCUGUGGAAAUUGUUAACGCAUGUGUCGUACUACACAAUAUUGCCAACUUAGGAAACGUACGACUGGUGAUGUCCAGUGUGACUUAGAAUUGGUGACCUAAGGCAAGAGGAUUGUCCCAUCAGAGGACUGCUGUGAAAAUUGUCAACGCAUGUGUCGUACUACACAAUAUUGCCAACUUGGGAAACGUGCCACUGGUGAUGUCCAGUGUGACUUAGCAUUGGUGACCUAAGGCAAGAGGAUUGUCCUAUCAGAGGACCACUGAAAAUUGUCAACGCAUGUGUCGUACUACACAAUAUUGCCAACUUGGGAAAUGUACCAUUGGUGAUGUCCAGUGUGACUUAGCAUCGGUGACCAAAGGCAAGAGGACUAUCAGAGGACCGCUGUGAAAAUUGUCAAUGCAUGUGUCGUACUACAAAAUAUUGCCAACUUGGGAAACGUACGACUGGUGAUGUCCAGUGUGACUUAGCAUCGGUGACCAAAGGCAACAGGGAUUGUUCUAUCAGAGGAGAUAUUUUUUUUUUUUUUUUUUUUCCUGGGUUUAUCUGCGAUCAGUAAGAACUAUAAGCAGAUAUGUUCUAUGAUAAUAUCAGAGGAGAUAUGAGAUGAGAAAUUGUUAUUAAUAUAGUUAGUUCUAUGUAAAUUGUAUUUUGUAAAAAUUUAUAUUUUUCUUAACAAUUUACAAUAAACAAUAACAAUUUAUUUCCUUAAUUCACAAAUUCAAAUUGUUAACAAAUAAAGAUCAAUUUGUUACUUGAUUUUCUAUUACAGUUUCUAUUAUUUACUAUUUA